GCCAGGUGACCAAGUGAAUUUAUCAAGUAAUAACUUAAAAAAAAUUAAAAUGUGCGGACAAUUGAAAGCCAUGGGAGUCGGAAGUGUGGGUUUGGCGGUAGUGAUCCUCCUUUUGGCGGGGAUCAGCGAAGGCGAGGCGAAGCCUAUGGACCUGUACGACGAUGUGAGCGACUUCUUCGACGCCAUCUCUCUGGACGAUGUGGCCAACACAGGACGCAACACUCAUCCGGAGCAGUUCUGCCUGAUGCCGGCGCGUAAGGGUGUAUGCCGGGCUUUGAUCCCCCGAUGGCGCUACGAUCCGGAGCAGAAAAAGUGCGUGGAAUUCAAGUUCGGCGGCUGCGAUGGAAAUGAGAACAACUUCUCCAGCUACAAGGAAUGUAUGUCAACCUGUGAGGGCAUGUAAGAUCCUCCGGUUUUAGAUCGGGAUUGGUCUUUAAUGGCCGAUGUGUUGCCAAAGGCGCCUGCUUUUCCUUCUCCAAUAGAGCGAACCAAAGGCAGCAUACUUACUCUAAAAUUCACGCACAUCAUCCAAGUGAUUAACUGUCUCUUCUACCUAAUAUUUAUGUAGUUUCUUUCAUUGAUCCAUUUAUUUUUUACUGUUUGGGGUGUCCAACACCCGUCACCCAUUUAUAGCUUAAGUUAUUGUGAUAAAAUAUUUUUAUGGAAUAAAGUU